AUGGAGCAGCAUAUUGUCAUGGAGAACGACAUGGUGAUCGCAGGAGAAGUGGUUAUUGGAGCGGAUGAAGAAGUCAACGAACUCCACUUGCAAUUGCAUGAAAAGGACCAGGAGAUUGCAAAUUUGAGAGCCAAAAAUGAGCAAUUGACCGUAGAGAAGAACACCGAGAAGAAUUGGAAAAAUUAUUGGUUUGGAGCUUUCAAUCGGGAGAAGAAUAGGGCCGAUGGUUUGCAAUUGGAGAAGGAUCAGGCUGGAUUUGGGUUAGCGGUGCCAAUGACAGCAGCUACUACGCCAGCACCUCCACCACUCGCUCGUUAUGGACCAGUUUCUUCAAAUGCGCCAUCUCCAAGACCGGUGAACUCUUUUGCAGAAGCUCUGGAAUAUUGGAACCACUGGAACGGUAGAGAUGAAAGAAUCGAUGGAAUUGAUCUCAAAGAGUACCUCUUCCACCCGGACAGCCGUCAUCAAGUUCCUCAAAUCGUCCGACGAGUUCCAAGCAACAUUCGUCAGCUAUUUUUCAUCAAAAAUCGUGGUCGAGACUCGUUCCGCUCGUUGACCGAUCAAUACCGAAAUCAUAUGAAUCGAACGGACUUAUUGAGGGAGCUCCUUUUCAUCAAGAAUUCACAGGAAGACCAAGCCGCCAGGGGAAUGAUUAAUAUUCGAGAUUGA